AUGACCAGCAGGGGAUCUUUUUCUGUUUGCAGAGCAGCUUGGAUGUUUGAAGUGUUUGGCCACGACCCGGAAAAAUUGUUUAUUCUGAACUCAUAUCCAUCCUACAAACAGUCUUUUUCGGAUCCAAACUUGGUCAUGGUUGUUCACGAGAUGCGUAACAGGUUACGUACCGAUAUAGUUUUCAAGCCAUCUCCUCACAAGGCUACCAAGUAUACGGCUUCUUUUGAUGCUUCGAAGGUCGUCUCCUACGAACAAUUGCUUGAUCUUGCUGAACAGGGUAGGAUCGGCAAAGACUAUACCUUGAUCGAUGCCAGAUCCAACGAUAGAUUCACUGGCGCCGCCGCUGAGCCAAGACCUGGCCUUUCAUCUGGGCAUGUACCAGGUGCCAUCAAUAUUCCAUUUGAAGAGCUUCUUACGCCUACAAAGUCUUUCCUUUCUUCUGUUACCUUGGGUCACGUCAUCGCUAAGAGGUCAAUCGAUCCAUCAAAGCCAAUCAUUGUUAUGUGUGGUACCGGUGUUACUGCUUGUGUAGUGAGAACAGGCUUGAUUCUUGCCGGAUUCUCUCCUGAGAAUAUUGCUGUCUACGACGGCUCUUGGACCGAGUGGGCUCAGAGAGCUCCAAAGGACUUGAUUGUCAAGACUAAAAACUGA